AUGGAGGAUUGUCUGAGGAAAUCAUGUCCCUGUUUGCGGUCCCUGUGGGACAGGAUGUUCGGAGGUGCGGGAACCGGAGGGUUAACGGUGAAGAACGUGAAUGCCACAGACUCUGCAGAGAAUUCAGAAAAGCGCUACCACACAUGCAAACCUUUACCUCAGAUCCCGCAGUCUGAAGCCCCGAGCUCGAGCUCGAACCCGAGCCCGGUUUAUGUGGCAUUGUGGGCGUUUGAAGCUCGAGAUAACGCCGAGCUGUCGUUCGAGGAGGGAGACCGGUUCCUCAUCCUUCAGCGUAAUGGACAGUGGUGGACAGCCGAGAAACUAAACAAGACCGGCCAGGUCAUCGACACUGGUAUAGUACCGUAUAACUACAUCGAGCGAGCCGAUUCGAUAUCGUCUCAACCAUGGUUCUUUGGCAAAAUGAACCGGAUUGAGUGUCUCAGUCAACUCUUGGCAGAUCAGAACAGAGAUGGUGCUUUUCUGGUACGAGUCAGCGAGAGCGACAACGUUGAUCAUGUUCUUUCAGUUAAGGUAAACAACAAAGCAAAACAUUUUAAAAUCUACCUACGGGGGAGUGAAUACUACGUGGAACAGUCUCUGUACUUUCCCUCUUUGGUGGAACUUAUACAACACUACCAGAGUCAUCCCCUGGCCUCUGUGGACAGACUGAGAAAACCUUGCGUCAGGAGAGAGCCCCAGCCUCAGGACCUGUCUCACAACACAGUGGACGAAUGGGAACUGCCCAAGGAGGACUUCACUUUAGAGCACAAACUGGGCAGCGGUUACUUCGCAGAUGUUUAUCGAGGGAAAUGGAAAAAUAGCACUAGUGUGGCUAUCAAAGUCCUAAAGAACAAUGAGUCUCUGGACCAGCGUGAGUUCCAGUUGGAAGUUGAGGUUUUGAAACGGUUGCGUCACGACCAUCUCAUCUCGCUGUUCGCCAUUUGUACUUCCUCCACUCCCUAUUACAUUAUCACUGAGUACAUGGACAAAGGAAACCUGCUGGAUCUUCUUCGCGGUCAGGACGGCAGGGCCUUAGACUCAGAGAUCUUGAUUGACAUGGCGUACCAGGUGGCUGAUGGGAUGACGUAUCUGGAGGCGCAAAACAGUAUUCACAGAGACCUAGCAGCACGCAAUGUACUCGUCAGCGAGGGAUACUUCUGCAAGGUGGCUGACUUCGGCUUAGCACGAUUCAUUAAGGAGCCGGUCUACAUCUCAAAUGAAAAGAAUAUUCCGUACAAAUGGUCAGCUCCUGAAGCCAUCCUCCAUGGCCAUUUCUCUAAUAAGUCUGAUGUCUGGUCGUUCGGUGUUCUCCUGUAUGAGAUAUUUUCCUACGGUGCAAUACCAUAUCCAGGUUUAAGCUCUAGUGCUGCAGUUAAGCAGGUCACACAGCAUGCCUACAGGAUGCCAGCUCCGGCCAAAUGCCCCGUCUUCAUCGAUAACCUAAUGACGUCCUGUUGGAAGGAGAAGCCGGAGGAUCGGCCAGAUUUUAAGUCGCUCAAAUCAGACCUCUUGGUAACAAUCAACCGCUACAUAACUCUAAAUUAA